AUGGUGGCGUCAUCCAGGGAGAAGGACAAGAACCAUUUGGACAGCAUAGAGAGGAGGAAGUCAUGGUUCACUGUGUCAAAGGCUGCUGACAAGUCGAGUAAAACCAGAACUGAUGACUGCGCAUUGGCCUUUGCUACUUUAAAUGCUUCAGUCACAGACCACCACCACCACCGCAAAACUGACCUCCUGCCACUGAAGAUGAGCGCUUUUACAAAAUCUGGUGGUGCUCCACAUAUCUCAGACAUGAGGAUUGUACUGCUGGGAAGCCGAAUGAAUUGGAAGAAUUCACCAGGAAACAUCAUCCUGGGAAGAGAGGAGUUGAAUACCUCAGGAGAAAUAGAUGAGUGUGUGAAGAGAGAGGGAGAAACAGCAGGGAGACACAUCACUGUAGUGGAGGCACCCGGAUGGUUUCACAAUUAUUCUGUAGUGGAAACCCUUAAACGUGAUAAACAAGAGAUUGUCCUCAGUGUGUCUCUGUGUCCUCCAGGACCCCAUGCUGUACUGCUGGUUAUUUAUGCGCACCACUCAUUCACAGAGACACACAGAAGAGCAGCACAGGAACACCUGGAGCUUCUGGGUGAGAGAGUCUGGAGUCACACUAUAGUGCUGUUCAUCUGUGAGGACUGGCUGGGAAGCACAACCAUUGAGCAGCACAUCCAGAGAGAAGGAAAGGCUCUGCAGUGGGUUGUAGAGAAAUGUGGGAACAGGUAUCAUGUUGUAGAGAAUAACAAGAGUGAUGGUGGCCAGGUGACAAAGCUGCUGGAGAAGAUAGAAGAGAUGGUGGCAGGAAACAGAGGCCAUCACUUUGACUUUGAUGCAAAGAUUAUGAAAGAACUGAUGAUGAGGAAAAAGGAAGACGAGAGAAGAGCAGAGGAGAGGAAGAUGAAGGUGCAGAAUCACAGAGAGACUCUCAGAUCAUCAGGUGGUGCUCCACAUAUCUCAGACAUGAGGAUUGUACUGCUGGGACACCGAAUGAAUUGGAAGGUUUCAUCAGGAAACAUCAUCCUGGGAAGAGAGGCGUUUGAUACCUCAGGAAGAACAGCUGAGUGUGUGAAGAGAGAGGGAGAAACAGCAGGGAGACACAUCACUGUAGUGGAGGCACCCGGAUGGUUUCGCAAUCAAACUGUAGUGGAAACUCCUGAACGUGAUAAACAAGAGAUUGUCCUCAGUCUGUCUCUGUGUCCUCCAGGACCCCAUGCUGUACUGCUGGUCAUUCAUCCGUUCCUGUCAUUCACAGAGACACACAGAAGAUCAGUGCAGGAACACCUGGAGCUUCUGGGUUUUGAAGUCUGGAAACACACUAUAGUGCUGUUCAUCUGUGAGGACUGGCUGGGAAGCACAACCAUUGAGCAGCACAUCCAAAGAGAAGGGAGAACUCUGCAGUGGGUUGUAGAGAAAUGUGGGAACAGGUAUCAUGUUGUAGAGAAUCACAAGAGCGAUGAUGGCCAGGUGACAGAGCUGCUGGAGAAGAUAGAAGAGAUGGUGGCAGGAAACAGAGGCCAUCACUUUGACUUUGAUGCAAAGAUUCUGAAAGAACUGAUGAUGAGGAAAAAGGAAGACGAGAGAAGAGCAGAGGAGAGGAAGAGGAAGGUGCAGAAGCACAGAGAGACUCUCAGAUCAUCAGGUGAGAGAAAUGUUCAGCUCUCAGACGUACAAAUGUACAUACCACAGCUCUUAUUUACUUCAUUCAUUCUCUCUCUAAAACCAUAG